UAUUCUCCAAGUAUCAUCCUCCUCCUUGGUUCCUACUAAAACCAAGCAAAAAUGUGAAAACUUAAACAUGAACUUCAUCUCCAGGAGAGUAUCAUGCUUCAGUUAUCACCAUCAUCCUCUGUUCCUAAUAAAACUUGUCAGACACUUUAAUGGUUCAGAAAGAGGAAGAAGAACAGCAACUCCUCCAUUUGAGCGUUUCAUAAGGGACCAAUGCAAGUCUGGGGAGAUUAAAAAUCUUGAUAUUGCAAAGUGUUAUUUUGAUCAAAUGGUUUCAGUGAAGCCUUUGCCAUCUGUUUAUACAUUCAAUCAUCUGUUAACUUCAGUUUCAAAGAACAAAUAUCAUUCAGCUGUUGUUAUGAUGUGCAAAAUGAUGAGUAUGGUCGGAAUUCAGCCGGAUUUGUUUACAUUAAGCAUUCUGAUUAACUGUUUUUGUAAAUCAGGUGAUGUUGAUUGUGGGUUCUGUGUGUUUGGUGAAAUGAUUAAGAGGGGUUAUGAGCCUGAUACUGUAGUUUAUACCACUCUGAUUAAGGGAUUGUGUAUGCAGGGACUGAUAAGGCAUGCGGUUGAGGUGUUUGAGAAAAUGACUGAGAGGGGUGUUCGGCCGAAUGCUGUUUCUUAUGGGACUCUUAUAUGUGGGCUUUGUAGGAUUGGGGAAGUUGGUCUUGCUCUAGAAUUGCAUAUGAAUAUGGUGAAAUGGAAAUGCCGGCCUAAUUUGAUUACUUACAAUUCAUUGAUUCAUGGGUUUUGUAAUGUCGGCCGGGUAAGUGAAGCAAUGAGACUCUUUAAUGAGAUGUUGAGUCGAGGAAUUUCAGCUGAUGUUGUCACUUAUACAUGUUUAAUUCAUGCUUUAUGUCAGUAUGGUUUGUGGAUGGAAGCGAGAGAAUAUUUUGAUCAGAUGGUGGGUAAAGGGAUAUCACCGGACAUGGUAGCAUUCACAGUACUGAUAGAUUCUUACUGUAAAGCAGGGAUAGUGAGAGGUGAAUGUUGGGUCUUUGAGCUUAUGAGUAAGUUAGGCAUGGAGCCUAGUGUAGUAACUUAUAAUUCGAUGAUUAAUGGGUACUGCAUGAAUCGCAGAUUGGAUGAAGCUAUUCAAGUCUUCCACGAAAUGCAAGAAAAGGGUUUGGAACCCAACGGAUAUACUUACAGCACGCUAAUAGCUGGACUCAGCCGGAUUGGAAAGAUUAGAACUGCAGUAGACUUUUUCAACAAUAUUAAAUCCUGCGGACAGCCGUUGAGCCUAACCACAUGUAAUGCAUUGUUGGACGGGCUCUUCAAGAAUCAUGAAUUUGACAAAGCAAUCGAACUUUUGUAUUUUGUGGAGGAUAAUGGUUUAGAAGCUGAUCUGUAUACAUACAAUAUAGCCAUUGAUGGCUUGUUCAAAGCUGGGGAACUUGUAAGCGCAAGGAAAUUAUUUUGUGAACUCCGUAAUAAAAGAUUUAUGCCGGAUGUUAGAACAUAUGCCAUAAUGAUCGAUGGCCUAUGCAAGAAAGGGAUGCCAUUUGAGGCUGAGAGAAUCUUCAUUGAAAUGGAAAAGAAUGGCUGCUUACCUGAUGCUAUCACAUAUUGCAUCAUCAUUCAAGGUUUCAUUGAGGAAGAAGAGAUUGAUAAAGCAAAGCAAUUUUAUCAUGAAAUGCUUGAAAGAGGAUUUGUUCCCAGCAAUAAUGUAAUUUCGUUGUUUAAGACCAAACUGUCGGUGGAUCAACUAGAGAAUUUCAGUUGUUUCGCCAAACCAAUUCUUGCCUUGUCAGAAACUAGCAGCAGCAGUGCAAGUAGUAAUCUGGAGGAAGAAAGGUUUUUUGAGCAACAGGACAUAAAGGCAUAUGCCUAGAAGGUUUGUUCCGUAUACCAUGGUAGAACUUACUUAUGACCCUGUUGGUUUGUCUGGAGAUGGAGGUAUGGAGACACAAGGCACUAAAGUGGGGUCGAGCUGAUAACUUUCCACUCAUCCAUGUCAUGAAGAUUAUUCUCGUUUGAGGUUGGAAAUGGAGCGGUGACCAAAGCGCAAGAUUUAGCUUUGACAACUAUGAAGAUUGAUGAAGUUGUAAAAGCCAUUUGUAAGCCGACUUAUGCCUAUGGAAGUGCUGGUUCUCCACCAUCCCCAAAGUAUACUAUUUUGCUUCCUGUUCUUGCAGAAAAGGCCUGCUAGAAUGGGUGUCCGAAGCAUCCUCAUUUUUCAAUGCUUUUCAUAUUGAUGCUAAAAUGUCCGCGUGAUUUAUACAGUGCAACACUGAUCCCAAGGUUGAGUUUGUAAGUUGCAGGUCAGAGAAAGGCUCUGAUAUCGAUAGUGUUUUAGAUGGAAGGACAUGUCUAGUUUAAGUUGUAGCUCCUUUUAUUUUAUCAGCUAGUCCUUUGUUUUGUUCCAAACGUCAAUUACAAAUACUUUCUUUAGAUAAUUUAUUGUAUUCAGUAUCAAAUCAGUGAACUGAAGAGGCAGAGGAGGACGGGCGCUGCGAGUAAAGAAGAAGAUAAGAGAUAAAUAGAGGAAGCCAAAGCUGCUGCCACCAGUGGCACAAAUUUUGUCAUAGAAUGAGAAGAAUCUCCCUUCAACAUGCAAUUAUGAACGGAAUUGGUGGAACCUAUUCAAGUCUCUUUUGUAGUCCCUAGUGUCUGGUCAAGCAGCCGGUGAAGAACCAUGGAUGAGUGAUCAUACAGUUCCUAGUAAUUGGGUUCCUUGCAAGGAACUUGAUGGGCUAAGAUUUUUGAGAAAUACUCCUUUGACUGUCACUCAAGCAAUGGGCACGCCGGAAUUUGCUGAGGAUAGUACAACCAACGUUCAAGCCAAGAACCGUUUGUACAGAGGAAUAUUUCCAAUACUGGCUGUGAACACUGCAGAGUUGACUCCCAACAAAGAUGAUGCAAGAUUUGGUCCAAAAGGUUGGGGUUCGCGCAACAGUGAAGGAUCUUGUUAUGCAGCUCGGAAGGCACGAGUCAGAGAUGUCUGUCGAUGCACAGAAGACAUGGUAAUGUCUUCAAAUCACUAGAGCAGGAGAAGAUAAUACAACCAACGUUCAAGCAAACCGUUUUUAUCGAGGAAUGUUACUUGUAGUGUGAAGAAAUUUGUUAUGCAGCCCGAAAGGCUGGAGCCGGAUAUGUCAAGUUGAUGCACGCGAGACACCAUUUGUGGGUACUGACUACUGAGACGUCGUAUUAGUCGUUCUAAAUUGUGGAAUAAAGGGCUUCAGUGCUUCCAUCAUAAUAACUUUUUGUAGUAUUAUUUGGAUUUCUAAUUGCUUUUGUUUUAUCAGUACUGUAAGGUCACGUAUUGUUUUGUAAAUCAUCCUCACAAAAAAUUAAGAACUAUAUGAUUUUCUGGGUCCAAAUUAUUACUGUCCCAGUUUAUCAGGAGUUACUAUUGAAGUAGUUUUCAAUCAGGA